UAAUUCGCCCUCCAACUUUUUACUGCACCAUUCGUUGCCCUACACGUCUCUUCUCAACACAAUCUCAUGACAUGUCUGCUCGACAUCAUCCUCAGCUUCUUCACCGACCAUACUGCGGUGAAGCCUUCGCAUUUGCGAACCCAACGCAGCUUAUAGGAUCAACCACGACUGUCGUGUGGGAGAUCCUCGUCGUAUGUGAUCUCUUGACAGAUAGGCUCGAUAACAAAAAAGUUUUCAAAGCCGAUGGUCACGAGGUCGAGUAUGGUGAUGAACAGUAUCAGAUCUCAGAUCGUUUACUAGAUGUAUGAUCCAGUUUCCAUCACUCCCUUCACUGGUUCCUUGCAGACUUGUCGAAGCACGUUCAUAUUCGUCAGAAGAAUCAUUGAAGCAAAUGGGGUGUCUGGCAUCCGGUAAAAUGAGCUCAUCAAUAUUGUUCUUGCUCCCAUAAAGAGUAGUGGUGCAGGUGAUGUUCACCGAGGACGAAGGUGGGUUUGGGAUUGAUGACCAGUAUUAUAUUGGGUUGUCGGGGUUAUACAAUAAACAUGUGAUGCAGAAAGGUGAGGUAGGUUC